ACGUCCCAUCCCUGCGUCACACAGCCAUUCAUUAAACAGCAGCAUCACAGCGGCAGCACAGCUAACGCUAACAUGUCAGACAAGAAACAGACCGUGGACCUCGGCUUACUGGAGGAGGAUGAUGAGUUUGAAGAAUUCCCAGCCGAGGAUUGGACGGGGCUGGAUGAAGAAGAAGACGCUCAUGUUUGGGAAGACAACUGGGAUGAUGACAACGUAGAGGAUGAUUUCUCAAAUCAGCUCAGAGCUGAGCUGGAAAAACAUGGUUACAAGAUGGAGACCUCUUAGCGGCUGACGAGGCCUUUCAGUGUUCGAUGACAUCAGAUAUGGACAUUUAUAUUUGAAUAUUAUCGGUUGACCCAGCACACCCCCAGGAGAGAGGAUGUUAAUUUGUUUCUUUUUUUUUUUUGUAAAAAAAUAUUGAUGGAAAAGUAAAAGUGUUUGGAGAAAACA